CGUUGGCGGCUGCGGCCCCGGGGCGCGGAGUGGGUGCCCGGCGCGGGGAGCAGCGAGCGCAGCCAUGCCCCAGGCCGCCUCCGGGGCAGCAGCAGCGGCGGCCGGGGCCGGGGCGCGGGCCGGGGGCGCCGGGGGGCCGGCGGCGGCCCGGGCGGGACGAUGAAGCGGCAGAAUGUGCGCACGCUGGCGCUCAUCGUGUGCACAUUCACCUACCUGCUGGUGGGCGCCGCGGUCUUCGACGCGCUCGAGUCGGAGCCAGAGAUGAUCGAGCGGCAGCGGCUGGAGCUGCGGCAGCAGGAGCUGCGGGCGCGCUACAACCUCAGCCAGGGCGGCUACGAGGAGCUCGAGCGCGUCGUGCUGCGCCUCAAGCCGCACAAGGCCGGCGUGCAGUGGCGCUUCGCCGGCUCCUUCUACUUCGCCAUCACCGUCAUCACCACCAUCGGCUACGGCCACGCAGCGCCCAGCACCGACGGCGGCAAGGUGUUCUGCAUGUUCUACGCGCUGCUGGGCAUCCCGCUCACGCUGGUCAUGUUCCAGAGCCUGGGCGAGCGCAUCAACACCUUCGUCAAGUACCUUCUGCACCGCGCCAAGAGGGGGCUGGGCAUGCGGCGCGCGGACGUGUCCAUGGCCAACAUGGUGCUCAUCGGCUUCUUCUCGUGCAUAAGCACGCUGUGCAUCGGCGCCGCGGCCUUCUCCUACUACGAGCACUGGACCUUCUUCCAGGCCUACUACUACUGCUUCAUCACGCUCACCACUAUCGGCUUCGGCGACUACGUGGCGCUGCAGAAGGACCAGGCGCUGCAGACGCAGCCGCAGUACGUGGCCUUCAGCUUCGUCUACAUCCUCACGGGCCUCACGGUCAUCGGCGCCUUCCUCAACCUCGUGGUGCUGCGCUUCAUGACCAUGAACGCCGAGGACGAGAAGCGCGACGCCGAGCACCGCGCGCUGCUCACGCGCAACGGGCAGGCGGGCGGCGGCGCCGGCGGCGCGGGCGGCAGUGCGCACACCACGGACACCGCCUCGUCCACGGCUGCGGCAGGCAGCGGCGGCGGCGGCGGCGGCUUCCGCAACGUCUACGCCGAGGUGCUGCACUUCCAGUCCAUGUGCUCGUGCCUCUGGUACAAGAGCCGCGAGAAGCUGCAGUACUCCAUCCCCAUGAUCAUCCCGCGGGACCUCUCCACGUCCGACACGUGCGUCGAGCAGAGCCACUCGUCGCCGGGAGGGGGCGGCCGCUACAGCGACACGCCCUCGCACCGCUGCCUCUGCAGCGGGGCGCAGCGCUCCGCCAUCAGCUCCGUGUCCACGGGCCUGCACAGCCUGUCCACCUUCCGCAGCCUCAUGAAGCGCAGGAGCUCCGUGUGAACGCCUUGCGGGGCCUGGAGCACCUGGGAGCGCGGGCGGGGCGGGGGGCUCCUGCCCGGAGGAGCAGCGGGGUCGGCGAAGAGACCGCCCCAGCCGCCUUUGGCGCCCCUCCACCCCUUACCACCCUCCCCCCGCCUCCCAUCUCCGACUGUGCCUGCUUGCACCAGCCGGCAGGAGCCGGGGCUCUGAGGACCCCUGGAGCCCGCAUCUGCGCCCUGCAAAUUCCGAGAAAUGUGAAACUUUGGGGGGGGGGGUGGUCGGGGAGGGAAGGCAGAAGCUGGGAGCCUCCCAUCCCUUUGGAAAAAUAAGGAGCUCCCCAGUUCGCAGAGGCCCUGCUGGUAACCAGACCAUCACCCCUCCCCCUGUCCCUUACGGAGGGAACUUCGUGUUCCGUGUAAGUUUGCAUCUCUAUUUAUACCUCUGUCCUGCCAGGUCUCCCACGUUCCCUUGGCUCCAAAAGUCAGGGUGUCUUUGUCGAGGUCACCCCACACAGUCCCACUCCCCUUCCUCAUCCCCAGCUGUGUCUCCCAGUCUCCCACUACCUUUUGUGUUGUUUUGCAUGGCUUUGCAGUUAUGGAGGAAAUGGAAACCCAGCAGUCCCUAAAGCUAGUCCCCAGAGGGCAGGCAGAUGGAAGCAAGGACAGGCAGGCUGCAGAAGGGGUGGAGAAGGGAAGGGGGAGGCAGGGGUCCAACAGUCUGCAGGGUGGUCCCCUUGGUAGGUGAGAGCUAACUGGCCUCCAGUCACAUCCUCAUGUGGGGCCAGAGGGAGUCCAGCCUUCCAGACACUGCCCUUGAAAUCAAACAGAAAACUUCCUCCUUGCCAUCACUGGCCGCUGCUGCUAAUAACCGACUCUUAGAUCCGUGAAAUGAGUUUGAAAACCCCGUCCUGACUACCCAUUCGUUUGAUUCUCACCACACCCCAGUUAGGUCACCAGGGCAGGAGUUGUCAUGCCCAUUUUACAGAUGACACUGAAACCCAGACAGGUGACAUGACUUGCCCAAGGUGACACAGGUAGCAAAAGGCAGAGGGGAGCAAGAACCAGGCUGUUUGUUCUGAGCCUAAGUGCUCUUUCUUUCGACUCCUCUUCCCGCUCUUUGAAAGCAAAGUUCCCAGCCUGCACACCCUGGCGUUGUGUGGGCAACUGGGCCUUAGACCAGAACCAGAGCCCAGGACUGAGCCAGUGCUGGGCUCAGCCGCUCCUCUGCUUGGCCACGAGGCAGGGCUCUCAGUGGGCUGCUGAAGCAGGGUAGGACCACUCAGUCAAUGAACUUCCUACUUACAAACAGGGGAGUCCUUAGGGCCAGAUAAGCGGAGCUGGGGCUGACAGCAGAAAGGCCAGGAGCUGGAGCUCUAGGAGUUGGGGAAUUGGGCAGAGCGGCCUAGAGAGCUGGCAGGCAUAUCCUCCUGGGACGUGAACCCUGACCCCACAACCAGUGUUGGUGCCUGUGUCCCCAGUAGCUAGAGAUAAGCCAUAGCUGCAGCAAGGAACGCUCCUCCCAGGUGUACCCCCUGCCUACCCCACCUGCAACCCAGAAGCCCAGGUACAGAGCAGCAGUUGGAGGUGAGACCCUGGGCUCCACGGUCAGGGCCCAGAGCUAGAGCUGGGACCGUGACUCAGACAGCAUCAAGGGAUGGGUGAGGGGCCUCUCCCCCUCCAGCUGCCCCCUCUUACUGUUCCUGUGUCAGCUCCUUAACACUGCUGAGCGAGGCCAGCCCUGGCAUUCAGGGAAGCUGUAGUGGAGGCCCCCAGGGGGUCAGCCUCAGCCCCACCCUGACCCUGCGCUCCGGCCUCUGGGCACCACUGGGAGGGAAGUCUGGCCUGGCCUGUGUGUGAAUGCCGUCUCAGUGUGGAGCAUCCUGGCUGCCCAGGUGCCACAGAGAGCAGGGCCCAGGAGCCGGGGCUGCCCUCUGUGUUUAUGUUGGGGUGCCUCUGUCCGGUGUGCGACCCUGCCCUCGAGGGGUCCUGUCCCGUCAGUCCCAAGGGAGCCACAACCAAAGUUGUAGGGAGAUGGUGGGGAGGGAGGCCGAAUGGCCCUCACAGAGCACGGCAGACUGCUCGGUCUCUGGCCAGGUCUUUCCUAGGGAACUGGAAGGCCGGUGUUGCUUCUCCCUCACCCCCUCCCACUGAAGGCAGCCUUUCUGCUUCCCCAAUGCCUUAUGCCUGGGCACACUGCCACAGAAUAUGCAAUACGUGUGGGUGACAUGCCCCCGCGCCCACACCCUCACCCCGGGCAGCCCCUGGACCCCACAGGCCGCAGCUGCCACGGCCUCCCUUCAGCCCCUCCUGCCUAUCUGUCUUCACACUGAGAAUGGCGCCUAAUAAAUGCUGUCCAUGGAGACCAGG